ACUGUCAUAUUAUUAAUUUCUCAAACAUUAAACGUUAUUUGUUUUGGGCGUGGUUUUUUUUUGUUUGUAGCAAACUAAAUAUUGAACGUGUUAAUGUAUGACUACAAAAUAUACUGCUUAUUAAGCUGAGGGAAUUUUAAGAUGGAACCACCUUUUGUUUUAUUAAUAAUUGCAGCUUUUUGUGCUAUAGAGUGUGCCCAUGGCCUGGAGUGUUAUGUGUGCACAAAUCAAGAUGCCAACUUAGGAAAGUGCCUCCAAACAAUUAAAACUUGUGAGCCUGGUGAUGACAUGUGUUUGUCGGAAACAAGUUGGGGAUCGGUGCCGUACUGGUCGCAAGGAGCGGAGAAGCAGUACUACAUCUCCAAGCGCUGUGCCAACAACAACACGUGCGUGCGCACGAGGAACAAGUACAUGGGCCUGUGCACGCACAUCUGGUACGAGGACUGGAAGUGCUCCGACUGCUGCCGGGGCGACAGGUGCAACUACUACGUCUUUCUGAGUGGCAGCCUGGCCCAGUCCAGCGCUGUCGUCUUGGGGCUGUGCGCGGCGUCUGUCGUGGCGAUGGGGCAACUGCUGUGGACCUAACGGCACGGCUCGACUCGGACGUCAACCAUCCACACGUGCAGUUGGUGGCUGCACCCACCUCUCGCAUGUUUUAUCUCAGUGCAGACGUAGACCACUUCCGUCCAAAAACUACCGUUAGGGUGGUUCACCGAUAUCUAAUGCUCAGUGUAGUGUCGUCUUUUUUUUUUUUUAAUCAGUGUUCAGGCAUAAAUCAAGCCGCUGCCUCGGGGAACUUUGUAGAACUUUAAUGAUUUUUUUUUAAUCAACUAAUGUUUAUAUAGUUAUGGAAACUUGUUCUUGUUGAGAAAAUGGUUUGGAUAUUUGAUUCUUAGGUUGUGUAUAGCCCAGUGAUCUCCAAUGUAAAUGGUACAGAUUUUAUCUGUCAAUCUGUUGAUGAUUUACUGGAAGGAGUGGUUCUGAAUAUGUUAAUAGUAUCAAUAGCCAGGAAAGAUUGAAAAGUCUUUUGUGGGAGUUCCGUGGACAUUAUUUAUUGAACUAACUCGGUAAAGUCUAGGCCAAACCCCCUUGAUGCCUGUGUUGUUUUAAUUUUCUCAUCGUCCAUGAUCGUACCUCUGAAUACACUGUACCGGAAGGCAAGGGUUGAUCACUAGGUGGCUCGAUUGCAGCUACGUGCACUGACUGACAAGGUUCUUUUGUACCAUCCUCAGAAAUAGGAUGGGACAUACAUGGCUGGCCAGCGUAUCUCAACCUUUGGGUUGAAUGUUUCAUCAUCAGUAAAACCAUUGCAAUCAUUAUCGUGGAAAUCAGUUGUCAAGAUCUAUUGUUUCCAAUGUGUAAGUUAAUAUGUAUUUGUAUUAUGCUUGGCAGCUUUAUUUGUCCACUACUUUUAGUGCUGGUUUCGUAUUAAAUUUAAUUUUUAAAAUAAGUGUUUUUUCAUGUAGAUCUGGAUGGUUCCAGAAGUCAAUGAAGGAGAGUCAAAAAUUCAUAAUGAUUAUUACCUUACAUGCAGUCACCCGCAUGUUCAAAUCUGUGAUGUCUGACUAUCACAAGCUUAAAACUUUUUAUUGUUAGCAAACCAUAACUACUUGAAAAUUAGGGUACUAAGGUCUCACUGAAAAUUAAAUGACCAAAUGACAUAAUUGGGGGGUUAAGAGUAGUGUUCUUCCUCUGAAUAUGUGUAUCUCCUGAGUUCCAACUUAUCCCAAAGAUUUUUAGAUCUGAUAAAAUUGUUAGCAUUGAGAUCUGUUCAAAUACCUUUACUUUUUGUUUUUCAUAUUUAGUGAUUUGUUUCGAAAGCUGUCUCGCAUGUAUGAGCACUCGUAGUGUUUUUUCUUUUAUUAUUAUAAUUAAAUGGCAGAGCCGUGAAGGAAUAAGGGUGUAGCAGCACUUAACGUAAAAUGAGAUUGAUAUCAUACAGGCAGGCCUGCCUAUAUCAGGGUUAAUUUAUAUGCAGUUGUGCCAAGUGAUGAACUGAUUAAGGAGUAUUUAUUAAUAGGAAAAUUCUAAAAGGAUUUUACAGUUAUCAACUAAAAUAUAGCACCGAGUACUGAUACUUUUGUUUGUAGACUUUGUAUACACAGAUUAUGUUUAAAAAGCAGGUUUUAAUAUUAGAACUGUAACAUUCAUGUUAGAUGCAUAGGCGUGCGCAGGACUUCAGUAUUGGUGGUGCCAGAUUACACAAAAGCCCUGUCAUUCACGGACUCCGAGCCUAAAGCGGGGGGGUCCGGGGGUCCUCCCCCGUAAAAAUUUGGAUUUGAAAGCACAAAAUGGUGCUGUUUAAGGUGUUUCCGAACAAAAACAUUAAAUACACAGAUGUAAAAAUUUUAACAUUUUUUAUGACAAAUUAUGGCUUUGAAUGUUAUAAUCACCAGGAAAACUACUAAACUAUUUACAGUUUUAAGCUUUGUUGAGCCAUAAAGUAAAUUGCACAAAUUGUUUGCACGGAAUUUAUGCUGGUGGCUUUGAAAAACCGUACUUAUAUGUUUUCUGAAGACGCCAAAUAAAUGCUAGAAAAAACAUUUUCAAAUGUUAAGUUUUAAAAUCAACAAAUGAAGGGAGUUUUUGUAACAUACCUAAAAUAUAUAAAAUAUUAAAAUAAUAAAAAUACACAAAUACACAAAUAAGAGUGGGAAAAAGUUUUAACUUUUGGAAUACAACAAAAAUGUUUUGUCGGCGACUGCAUAUAAGUCAUCGAGUAAGCCUAUCCUUUUAACUAACUAAACUCUCUCUCUUUUUUUAAAUAAACCUUGGCGGACGGCGGCUAUUAUUCCGUGCGCCUGCCGAGUGGAGUGAACAGUGGACACCGAGCGUGCAUUCUAUGUAAUUCGAGGAGAAUUAUGAGAAGUAUUUACAUUUCAGAAGUUUCGUAGCCGCGGCCCGCAUGUACCACACAAGUAAUUGCAACUGGCUUGUUUCCGUGUGUAUAGUUGGUUCAAUUGAUAAUUGAUAUACCGAUAGUGUUAUGAGCACAUAUCUGUAACUCUACACGAUUGGAAAACAUAUUUUUUUGGAAAUAAUACGGAUUUUUGUAAGUAUGUAUUAUUUCUGCUUGUAAAAAACAAAAUAACGUUAACCCUAAUGGUGGUGCCAAGGCACCUGUGGCACCUACCGUGUGCACGCCUAUGGUUAGAUGUAUAAAACUUUGCAAAUACAUAGAUUAAAUCUAUUCUUAAAUAUCUGAAAUAUUGUUAGAAUUUUUUAUAUUAACGUAACUGUGUAGUAUAGACACCAACUACAAAGUUUGUAUUUUUAUUUAUACAAAUUGGUUAUGCUGUUGUAAUCGUCCAUUAAAUGUGGCAGUUCUGGGGAUGUAACAUGUAUUACUGGUUCUGGUUGUAAUAAUUGUUUUAGCGUUUUACUGAAUAUCUUUAACUGUGUAAUACUUAAUUUUAAAAUGUGCUGCUUCUGCAGAUUAAACAACAUUUAUAUUUUAUUGACCUCGUGAAAGAAUGAUGUAUGUGAUGCAAGAAUUUUAGGAAGCAUGAAUUUUGUAUGCAAAAAUUACAUUCCACUUUUUUAAUGCCACGUGCAGUUUCAUUUUUCUUUAAUGGUUCAACUGAUGAUCAAGUAUACUUGCUGUAGGUAUUUGUGUUAAUUAAAUUCAGAUAAUCUUGUUUAUGUAAGUCAAUUUCUGUUUUUAUAUUUUAAUUUUUACAUUGUUCAUGUACAAAAAAGUUUUUUAUAAGCUUCAAAUUAAAAUUUGUGCCUUACCUCAUUGUGUUUUUAAUUUGUAUUUUAAUUCUAUAAGCACUAGUUUUUUCUUUCAUCAUCUUCAUCUUCAUUGUCAAUUCUAAACCACAUGUUUCUCUAAAAUAAAUUUGGAAGUUAAUAUUGUAGCUUAGAAUCAGAAGUAUCUAAAUGUUUGCUGAUUUGUCACAUGUUUAAUUGGCAACAUUAAUUGAUAGUACUGUGUAUCUACUAUAAACGUUCUAAAACCACUUUCCACUUUGUAAGAAACCAAGAGAGACAUUGCUUAAUACAUUUCAGGUUUGCAUUUUGCCCUCUGCUCCCAUUCAUGAAAGAAAAAAAAAAUUAAAAACAAGUAACUGAUUACACAGUUUGUAAUACAGAUGACCUGCUGGUGAUUCAGAAUGUAACAAGAUCCCAUCCAAAUUUUCCUGGAUUGUAAUAAACUUUAUACUAUCAACACAGCCAGCAUGCUGAAAAUAACAAAUGCAGAAUAGAGGUCAUUAAAAAUUACCAUAAAUUUGUAGAGCAGUAAAAUUAGGUUUCGGUAAAAAAAUAAUUCAUUAUAGGUAAUUUUGGUAUUGUGAAUUUCAAACGAAUAAAAUUCUGUUACUGUACACAUCUUAAGUGAUCUAUUGAACCUGUAUGGCAACAGAGGUUUUCGAAAUACCCAUGGCCAUAAGAGCUGUCAGGUUUAAUUCUCUAGAGUACACUAGAACCCCAGAUUUAACGAAGCAGCUAUUUUACGAAUACACUCUCAGGAACCGUCGAAAAAUUGGAAAUUUUGACUCCCAGAAUAUAAAUAAUCAGAAUAAAUUUGAAAUAAAUCAAUCGCAAUGAAAGCUUAUAAAAAUAUAUAUUUUUGAAUGCACUGUGUAUAUUAUGUGUGGGUGUUAAUACUCUUGAUUGUGUUCCAAAAAGAACAAAA